CAAAGAGAAGAACUUUUAGCUUAAGCAAUAUAUUUUUUUUGUUUAGCACUCAUUUCCCCAAAUGCAGCCAAUUGAUGGAUGAGUCGAUUUCGAGCUUCUCUUGAGGGUUUUAGGUCUCCCAGUUUUUCCCCUUUUCUGACCUUUUUUGGGGGUAAUGGGGUUGAUGGUGGGCAGCAGGGCGGCGCCGCCGCACAAGGCUGGCAUUGGUGGAAGAUGGGCGUGUCUGUUGUGCCUCGCCAGCUUUUGCUUGGGAGUUGCAGUCGUCAACAGGUUGUGGAUUGUACCUGAUUUAGUUGAUCUGGACAACAGUGCUGGGAAAUUUGGUACUCCUCUUGCUACUAAGGAUUGGAAAAAGUUGGAUGCAUCUAUGCUUUCUCAUGUUUCAAAAACUCACGAUAUGCUCGUGACAUUAAACAAAACCAUAUCUUCACUAGAAAUUAAACUUGCUGCAGCAAGAGCUGCAAAGGCGGCUAAGGCUGACAAAAUACCUAAUGGUGCAGCACCAGAAGCUGAAUCAUCAGAUAACCUCUCGACGAAGUUCUUUGUUAUGGGAAUCAUUACUGCAUUCAGCAGCAGAAAACGAAGGGAUUCAAUUAGACAAACAUGGAUGCCUCAAGGUGAUGGUCUGAAGAAACUUGAUAAAGAGAAAGGCAUAGUCAUAAGAUUUGUGAUAGGGCACAGUGCAAUGCCCGGUGGUAGUGUUUUGGAUAGGGCUAUUGAUGCUGAAGAAGCACAGCACAAGGACUUCUUGAGACUGAAUCAUGAAGAAGGGCACCACGAACUGCCCUCAAAAACACAAAAUUACUUUUCGACAGCAGUGGCCAUGUGGGAUGCUGACUUCUACGUUAAAGUCGAUGAUGACGUCCAUGUGAAUAUUGAUGCUUACUUCACAGAUAUGCAAAUGAGGAUGUGUCUCUUGGGUCUUGGCUUAUUGGUUUGGAUGUCGAGCACAUUGAUGAUCGGAGCCUGUGCUGUGGGACACACACCCCCUGAUUGUGAGAUGAAGACUUAGGAGGGAAACCCUUGUGCUGCAUCAUUUGAUUGGAGCUGCAGUGGAAUAAGAAUGGAACAAGUUCAUCGGUGAGGCAGCAGUUUUGAGUUUUGCAUAUUUUGGAUAAAUAUGGAUUGGGUCUGAGUAGAUCCAAAAGGGCUUAAACCAACCCAUACCCAAUCACAGCCCAAAAUCCACAGUUCAGCCCAAUUGAGAAAAAUAACUGAAAUCACUGAUUCGGUUUUUAUUUAUAUAUAACCAUUCGCCUCAGCUCAGCCAAAAACCAUAUAAAUAUUCCUUUUUCAUUUUAUCAUCGCUCUACUAGAACAUUAAUUUUGAUGAUUUUAGUUUCAAAUUUUUCGCAAGUUGCCCGCCAAUUUUGGCCCAAAUCAAGAAAAACCAAUAUGCGAAAAUCACCCAACAAAUUGGCAAUUUUGUAGUAGAACAUUAAUUUUGAUGGACGGACAUAUCAAUAUGAGAUUCUUUUUUGGAGAUGAGUAAAGUACACGUUCCGUCCCAAGUUAACAUAUUCCAUUUUGGGAUUUUUUUAAAAUAAAAAACACCCAGUAGUUUGAGCGGGGGUUUAGGCAGAUCCCCAGCAUAUUCCAUUUUGGAUUGUCACAAGCUUACUUUCUACAAAUUUUCUUUUAUGGAAAUUUUUUUAUCUCUCUUUCUUUUUUUACUUUAUUUUCUUUUUAUUUAACUUUUAAACAUCAAUUUCUUAAAUCUCAUAAAAAAAUGUAAAAUGUGUCAAAUAUGGAGGGAUAACUUGUCUUGCCAAAGGCAAGGAUAUGGCGCCAUCCAGGAGGUCCUGAGUUCGAAUACUGGAUGGCGCAACUUUGAGAUUAAUUUCCCUGUGGGCCCAAGGCUUGUUGCCUUGGGACUUUGCAAGCAUACGGGCCUGGACCAGUCUGAGGGUGGUCAACUUACGAGCCAAGACCCGUCUGAGGGUGGGUUAAGCAGCUAGUUCGUGGGCCACGAGGGAAAGGGAGAGGCCGGUGCUUGGCCUGGACCCGUCUGAGGGUGGGUUAAGCGACUAGUUCGUGGGCCACGAGGGGCAGGAGGAGGCUAGUUCGGACGUGACCACGAGGGGCUGGAAGAGGCUGGUUCGCUUGCCAAUGUAUCUCGAACUCCGAUGUAUGUGUGUAAAAAAAAAAAACUUGUCUUGCCAAAGGCAUUGACAUCUAGAUCAUAUUUGUGUUAGAUCGAGAAUAAGUAGAAUUGCCAACAAACACCGUUAGAGUCGUAUCCAUACGAUGACAAAAAUUAGGCCAAUGACCGUUUGUUA